AUGACACUGCCUUUCACUUCGUAUCGCAAGCUCGCGCUUGGCUGCCUCGUCGCCUUCGCUGCCUUUACCCUCGGCGAAUCGGCCCCCGCGUCGUCCAACGAGCCCCGCGAUGCCGUCAUCUCAAAUGCAGCCACACAGGCCGGCAAACCGGGCCCGAACCCGCUCAACAAGCUAGCUGUCACGCUGCGGCAAACCGGCUCGUCGCCCCCGACCGUGCGCGCCACCGUCACCAACAAGAACUACUUCCCCGUUACAAUCGUAGCCUACCAGUCGCCCCUGGAUCAGCUGGCCCUGCAACUCGGUAUGCUGUCCAUCACACCCGCCGGCUCCAAGACGCCGCUCGAGCUGCGGGUCGUCAAGGUCAAGCGGGUGUGGCCUCCCCCCGAAGGGUCGCUCAUCGUCAUCCAGCCGGGAGCGAGCGCCACCAAUGACAUGGUAAUUCAGGAACCAACGGUCCCGAUGGAUAAGCUCGACAGGAAAGCCACCGUCGUCUUCAGCGGCGACUGGAUCGCAGUCUGGCCCCGACCGAGGAAUCAAAUCAGCAAAUCCGAGAUUGAGAACGCGAGCGAGAGCGCCUUUUCAGGCCCCUUCUCAACACGCGCCCUUGAGAUUAGGGUUAAAUAG